UAAGAGUAUGGAAAAAAUAUUUCAACAAAUUGUAAUUGGUUUAAUUGCAUUCACAUCUUUGUUAAUCUACAGCCAUUUUUUUACGAAUUCUAAUUUGACCACUGACCUUUCCUUAAUCAGAACCUUGUUGAAUGCGUGAAGUAAUUUAAUUGCAUUAAAUAUAAAGAAGGCUUGUACUACUAUUGGGAGUUGAACGAUAAAAAGUUUAAAAAAUAGACAAGAGGAGGCAUUAAUUAGGGCUUGCAAACAGCAACGGCCAUUGAGCCCCCAAAGGCGCGAUAAUUCCUUUCUCCUCCCAUUUCCUUUCCUUCCAACUUUCCACUCUUUCAUUUUCCUUUUCCCUCUUCAACCAACCAAAAAUGUCAAACAAAUCCCCCAUUUUCUCCAUUGUUGAACCUCAACACUUCAGUGACUAUGGCUUCGACCCUCAAAUCGAUUAUUUUCAGAUUUUGGAAGAAGCAAGAAAGCACAAAAUCAGAGAAACAGCAAGAUCAUCCAUAGACACAUUACAUUUCAAGCUACAAAAACCAAUCUCAAAAGACGAAUACUCUUCAAAAAAGAUCAAGAAGAACAGUAGCCGUAAAAAAUGGUGGAAAAAUGCUCUUCUCUUCUUCAAAAGGAGUAGUACUAAUAAUGACAACAAAAUCUCCGACACCGUUAAUCUUCACCGGCAACCUACUUUACGGGGAACAUCGAUAUCUGGGCCUGUAUAUAUUACUGAGAGCAGAAGUGGCUCCAACACACCUUAUCGUAAGACUAACCGGUCAACUUCCGGUCCACUUGCCGGAUUUUUGACUCCUAACCGAAAAGGUGACGUGGACGUCCCGUAUGUUAACCUCAGGGAGUUUAAUAUGGACCAGCAACAACAUAACAUGCCAAUAUAUUUGGUCACGUGAAUAGAUAUAAGUGCUACUGCUAAUUAUUGUUAUUCUAAUUUAGACCUUUUUUAGGGUUCUAAAUUAGAAAGUUUAUGACCCUUUUAGUCUUUAAUUAAAAGGGCAUCCUAUAGAAUAGUUUCUCUCUUUUUUUGGGAGGUUUUUAGAAGUGCAACUUUUAGUGAUAAUUAGCAGUAUUGCUUAGAUGAUAAGUAUCCUUCACUUCCAACUCGAAGGUUGUGAGUUUGAAUCACCAAUUUAAGUGCUGCUGCUAAUUAUCGUUAUUCUAAUUUAGAACUUCUUUAGGGUUCCAAAUUAGAAAGUUGAUAACCUCCUUCAGUCUUUAAUUAAAAGGGCAUCCUCUUGAUCCUUUUUUUUUUCUUUUUCAUUUUAAGUGCUAUUAUUGAUGGCAUGAAGCAACUUUUUUCUUGUGACUUGUCAGCAGACAGCAGACACUCUUUAUUGGAUUUUGCAGCCUAUUGAAAUGAACUGAUUUAUCUGCUAGAAAAA